GUAGUACUUGUAGCGAUGUGUAUAUAGAUCUCGCAUGUCAAAACGUACAGAGACCCUGUGGCGGAUUCAUCGCAGCAAGAAUGGCUCAAUCAUGGCCUGGGUGACACCUUUGCGGCCCAGCCGGACACAAGCCUGGCUGGAGACCGAUGAGGUUCAGAGCACACCGCUGCCCGGUGCAGCUCAAGAUGAGAAGGUGUUGCCAGUAGUUCAAGAUUUGCCACAUUUGCCCCAAGCUUUUCGAGAGCAACAGGCAAACCAGAAUGAGCAGAUCACGCAAUGGAUUGCGAGAGAAGAGGCUCGAGUGGUCGAGGCAUACAGGCAGCUGGAGCAACUAUUGGCUGGCAAUAGCUGCGCUGUCUCCGGAAAUCGCAGCUCCAGCCAAGAGGAGCUGGGUGACUGCUUGGAGACACUGGUGGUGGAGUCGGUGGAGUGUGAGACACAUGCAACAACUGAUGACAUGGUGUCCAUCUCAUCCUUCAGGUCUUUGCAGCAGAACCGCCUGGAGGACUGGUCGCGGCGACAUGAGAGGCUCCGCAAGGAGGCCUUCUUGCGGAUGCAGAGCUUGCUUCGAAGUAGGCGGAGCCCAUCUCCAGAAGGUGCACGCGACCACUACAGCAGAUGCUAUGACAGUUCCAGCGAUGCCCUGUCUAGCUCUUCUUCAAAGACCCCAGUGAAGGACAUUGGUGAAACUGGAGGGACCCCGGAUGUUGUGCAACCUGUGCAAGCUGUGCCAGUGUCACAGCAAACUGCUUGGCUGCCAUCCACCACAGAUUGGUGCAGGUGGGUCUUUAUGAUGCUGGAUGAUGCAGAUCAUUUCCUUGUGGGGAAGGUGAUUUCCGGCUUCAUUCUUCUCACCAUCUUGCUGAGCACGACCACUUUCAUCUUGGAGUCGAUGCCCAGCUUCCAAUAUCGACCAGCACUUUGUGACGCGCUGCUGUUCGCUGGGAAGCCCAUCACCAAAAAGGCCUGCGAACCCGUGCCAGAUGAAAGCUUUUUCUACUUGGAGAUUGUUUGCAUUUGCAUCUUCACUGUGGAGUAUUUGGCGCGGUUGUUGACCUGCCACGCCGAGCCCAGUCUCGGCAGCACACCGUUGUCCCGGAUGCUUCGUUAUGCCAGGAAGCCCUUGAACAUCAUUGACGUCCUCGCCGUGGCUCCAUUCUAUUUGGGUUUUCUGCUGGGCAAUUCCGUGAGCUCUUUGCGGGUGCUGCGACUCUUUCGCGUCGUGCGACUCUUCAAGUUGGCAAAGCAUCAUGGAGGCAUCCGGCUUUGUUUAGAAGCUACAGCCAACAGUGGGUUUACUUUGGCGAUCUUGAUGUUUUUCAACGUCAUCGUGGGCCUUUUCUUUGCAUGUGUGAUUUACUACAUCGAGGGGCAGCAGUUCUCAGUGGCCGACGAGUUUACCCGGCCUACCGUGGAUGCCUUCAACAACACUGUUCCAGCUCCGCAUCCUUUUGGUGUUUUCGUUCGAGCAGAUGCACAGGGUGAGCACGAAGUGGAGACACCCUUCCGUUCCAUCCCAAUUUGCCUGUGGUGGGUGUUCACAACAAUGACCACUGUGGGCUAUGGAGACAUGGUUCCAACGACACCUUUAGGCAAAGUUGUUGGUGUGCUUUGCUUUUACUGCGGAGUAAUCCUUCUGGCACUUCCUAUUGGUGUUUUAAGCUCCAAUUUCGAGCACGCGUAUGCGCAGAAUCACCAGAAAGAUUCUAUUCAUUCCCUGGUACUCUCGGUGAAACGUCGGGCUUCUACCACAGUACACGUGAGCCAACGGAAUGGCACAAGCUGGUUGCCAGAGACAGAGUCAUGGGCUGCGAUGAUAUUCAUGUUGCUCAGUGAUCCAAGCUCAUGCCGAGCUGCAAAAACGGUGUCCUGGUUUGUCACGUUCGUUAUUCUUGUGACCACAGUCUCCAUGCUUCUUGAAUCCUUGCCUGACUUUAACCCGACCCCCGCUGCCUGCAAGCCAUGGCCAGAGAUUACUCUGGAAAGUUGUCGUCCUAGACCAGGUGAUGCCUUUGACUACAUAGAGGCCGUUUGUAUUGGAAUUUUCACCAUUGAGUAUGUUCUUCGAAUUCUUCUAGUGCACACGGUGUCCUACCGAGAUAUAGGCUUACCAGCGAAGGUCGGCCCAGUGACUCUGACCCUGAAGUAUGCCAUGCAGUGGCUGAACUUGGUUGAUUUUCUCGCCAUUGCGCCCUACUACGUGUCCCUGAGUGGUUUGUAUCAAGGGAGCACAGGCGCUCUACGAGUGCUGCGAUUGGUCAGAGUGUUUCGUUUGCUGAAAUCGCCAAAGUUGCGAGAUGGAGUGGAUAUGAUCAUCAGCAUCGUGGGGGAGUCGUUGCCUGGAAUUCUCUCAGUCUUCUCUUUGACCAGCAUCGUGUGCAUCCUUUUCUCCUCGUGCCUUUGGAUUGCGGAAGGAACGGACUAUUCCGUGACCUACCAGCCUCAGCUGUACCCUCGGGGCGUGUACGUCAGGCCAACGAAGCAUGGCUAUGGAGAGGAACCAACGCCCUUCACAUCCAUCAGCCAUUGCUUUUGGUGGUUUUUUGUCACAGCAACAACUGUGGGCUAUGGUGAUGAGUUCCCAACAACGGCACUCGGCAGACUCACAGCUGUUGGGACGUUCUAUGCUGGCAUUGUCCUGGUGGCAAUCAAGCUCACUAUUGUAGGUCGUGCUCUAAAGCAGAGCUUUCCGCAAUGGAAUGGCCAGGUCAGCAGUGUCAGCAAUCCACGAUAAGCAGUUGCCUGAAGCAUGUUUGGCAGCUGCGAAUUCAAUGUGCAUGAUGAGGGGCUUGGCAAUACUUCUUCCCUG